AUGUGCUGGGAAUGCAUUCAAUUUUACAAUCAACAACAUGAUGAUCAGACGGAGAGAUACAGAUAUUGUGGGAAGGUUGAGAAUGUGGCUUUUAGCACCACAUCUUCGUAUUCUUCGUCUCAGGUCACUUUCACAGGUUCACUUGUUGAUGAUUCCUCCGGCAUUAAUAUUACUGGGGAAACCAGCUUUGUAGGUCAGUAUGUUGUUUAUCAUCAUCAUCCUCCCAAAGGGGCAGUGGCGGCGGAGGAAGAGGCAUUGUUUUGCGAGAAGAAAGAAGAGUUCCUAGCUGAUUGGGAGCAGAGAAAGAAGGAGCCCUGUCAGCUUGGUUGCUGUGUCGGUUAUCGCAGCGGGUUCCCCGGUUUCAUAAGCGAAACAUUUCGCGAAUUCGUUCGUGAUUCCUGGGAGGAUCGAAGAGCCCGAUCCCGGAAGCACAAUCUUCACCUCUUGCGCUUGCAGGGACUGCUCCGAGGAACAUCCCAAUGGUCUGCCGUUUUAUGCCAUAAUAACAAUUGA